UCCAUUCUAUCUAUUGCGUAAUCAGCUGGGAAACACGCAGCUGAAUCUGAAUCCUCAAAUAUUACCUGUUGCAUUUAAUAGUUUAGAUACAUAUUAUAUAUCAUGUCUUUCCUGCGAAAGUCGGCAAGCUUUUUCGGUGCGGUGGCAAGGCGACAACGACAUCUUAAAGUGCAGAUUGGAGGUUCGGUACCUAUGGCUGCGCGGGAUUUCAGCUCGGAGCUUUCGAACGAUUAUGCCAAUUUUCCCGGUGCCAAGGCUCCGUUUGUCAACGAGUUAAAGCUCAUUUUCCCAGAAGACUAUUCUCCAAUUCCCAUUUAUCGGGUGAUGGAUCGGAACGGCUAUAUUGCGGAUGAAAGUCAGGAUCCCCAGCUAAGCCGUGAGGUGGUGGAGAAAAUGUUCCGUGACAUGCUGCUGCUCAAUACCAUGGACAAGAUCCUUUACGAAUCCCAGCGGCAGGGCAGAAUCUCCUUUUACAUGACCAAUUUUGGAGAAGAGGCGUCCCAUAUUGGCAGUGCCGCUGCUUUAGAGAUGCGGGAUCUUAUAUACGGCCAAUAUCGCGAAGCUGGAGUUUUGGUAUGGCGUGGCUUCCGCAUAGACCAAUUCAUCGAUCAGUGUUUCGGCAACUCGGACGACUUGGGUCGCGGAAAGCAGAUGCCCGUCCACUACGGGUCCAGGGAGCUGAACUUUGUCACCAUAUCUAGUCCACUGUCCACUCAAAUGCCCCAAGCUGUGGGUGCCGCUUAUGCCAUGAAAAUGAAGCCAAAUAAUGAUGCCUGUGUGGUUUGUUACUUCGGCGAGGGAGCUGCUUCCGAGGGAGAUGCCCAUGCCGCCUUUAACUUUGCAGCAACGCUCGGUUGUCCAGUUAUCCUCUUCUGUCGCAACAACGGCUUCGCCAUUUCCACUCCGUCUCAUGAACAAUACAAGGGCGAUGGCAUUGCAGGACGUGGUCCGAUGGGAUACGGAAUUGCCACAAUUCGUGUGGAUGGUACUGAUGUCUUUGCAGUGUAUAAUGCCAUGAAGAAAGCCAGAGAAUAUGUGCUCAAAGAGAAUAAACCUGUGGUGUUCGAGGCUCUAGCUUAUCGAGUGAGUCACCACUCCACCUCCGACGACAGUACAGCCUACAGAUCAGCAGAUGAGGUCGAGGUGUGGAAUUCAGUGGAGCAUCCAAUCUCCAAGCUGAAGCGCUAUAUGGUGCACAAAGGCUGGUUUGACGAGACUGAGGAAGCUCAAUUCAUCAAGGAUGUUAGAAAGAAAAUCCUCAAGCAGAUUGCCGUAUCGGAAAAGAAACUUAAGCCCAACUGGCGUGAGAUGUUCGAGGGUGUCUACGCUGAAAUGCCAGAGCAUCUGGUGGAGCAGCGAAAGGAACUGGAGAAACACAUCGAAGCGCACAAGGAACACUAUAACCUAAAGAACUUCGAGCCAUAGAAUCCUCCUACCGCAAAAGAAGCUAACAACUCAGAAAUCAAAGUGAACCGAGAGACUCGAUCGAAAGUGCAUUUAUUAUGAUUAAGCAAUAGGCAAACAAUUUUGUGUGGGUCCAACCCGUUUGUUAUGACUCAUCUGUGUCAGUUGGGUGUGUCGAUUAUGUGGAUGUAAACACAUUUUCAAGCUUUAUUCGGGAAAUGUUGAGGAUCAACUAGAUCUUCAUUUGUACAUUCAAAUUUACCCACUCUGGUGCAGGUGUUAUGAAAAGGUGUUAAAAUUUAUUAGAUUUGAUUUUCAUACAAUAUACAUAUACUGAAACAAUACAAAUACAAAUACAAAUAUA